GUUACAAACAUUAGCUCCGCCCCAACAUCGAAUGCCAACUCUGGCUUUUCUUGGGCGUUGGUAUCUACCUACUCGCGACCAUGGACACCGACCCUCAGUUACCGCGACCUGUCACCGCGGACAAGUCCAAUAGCCCCAUCACGACUCGGCUUGGCAACACCUUGAAAAGGCUCAUUGACCGCAUGGCAUCUUCUACCCCGAGCGACGAAAACAAGACGAAAACCCCCCCCGAUGACCGUGACAAUCAUGUCGAUAAUAACAACACCGAUAACGGCGAUGGGCCGGCCAUGCCAUCGCUGUCCCUCGAUAUUAGCAGAGCCGCCGUCGUUGACAAGGUCCACGAGCAUCGUUGUUUUCGACAGCCCGAAGUUGCCCAGGACAUUGAAGUCACAGACUUGCCGGUAUUUGACAGCGUCACGCCUUAUGGCGUCAACGGCGAGGUUCAAUCCCAGCUAUGGAGUAAGGAGGUGACGAGACUCGUCGUCGCCGUCAACGGUAACGAGCCGCCCGACUUCCCGAGCUCAGCCGACUUCGCCGUAGACUCACGGAAGGCCUACGAGUUGCUCGCCACGGUAUCCGACAUUGUGUUUCAAGCCUUGCACGUUGUGAUAUACGACGCCGAAUGUCUCCUCGCCGAGCAUUCUCCUUCCUACUGCGAUCACGGUACUAUGGAGAGAAGUCGCACCAGCUUGUAUUUCCUGUGCAACCGGGACGAUGACGACGAUGAUGAAAAGUCUGACUACGACCCCGAGGUCUUGCGCAGACACCGCGCCGAUAUUUUUGCCUUUGUCGAUUUUUGUACUGCCAUCUUUGCCCGCAUCCUGUGUGGCGGCACCGAGAAAAUGUCCGUCGCCGUCGGCAUGGUUGCCCUCCUAGCCAAGAUAUCCACCAAGCUCAAGGUGGUCUCUGCCAACCUGCGAGACAUUGCCCAAACGUCAAUCGACAACGGCACACAGUACUCGCAGGCUGAGGGUUUGAACGACAAGCGUCUUCGCAGGGGAGGGCUACCACCAAAGCCGCCAGCCGUUGGGGCUGGAGGGGACUCCUCCCAAACCCAGCAGGAGGAGCAGCAGCAGCAACAACGACAGGAUAGGUUUACGUCAGAUCCCUUGACCGGCCGUGGGGGAUCCACCGGUCUCGGUAGUGAUCCAGAACAAUGGAACAAGUUCUUAAGGUCUAAGAAGGAUGUGCUGCGACAGUUCUACAUGGGCCAGUGCAAGCUGCUGCGAGACGGGCUCCUCGAGACCUUUUUUCAUCUUGUCAUCCGGGUGCGGGGCAACAACAAACUCAUAAGUCGAUCCUUUACCCGCUACGAGCUCUGUGCGACCGUCUAUGAGACGGGAUUUGAGCGCUUCCGAACCUUUGUAUUUCAGGACCAGACCGGUUACUUUAGCGGCAGUGGCCAUUCUUACAACAUCCGGUGCGCAUCCCACGCUUUUCACAUCACCAACGCCAUCGUCAUGCGCAUCGAGCGUAAAAAGACAGCUGAAAAGACCACAGAAAUGGACGGUGGCCAUUCUAGCAAUGACAUGGGCUCAGACAAUGAGUCGAUUGGCACCCAAAUUACAGCAUCCUACAGUCGAGAGCGGGAAGAGCCAAAGGAGUCCGAAUCCUCACAACUCACACACCUACAGCAGCAACAACAACAACAGCAACGACAUAUUCCCCGCAUUUACCUUACUCUAGGGUCCAUGAACAAUGUUAUUGCUGUCUUGGUUCCGCUCUUGUUCACAACACCGCUUCUUGUGCACAACGUGGCCAUCUACCUCGCAUCGACAAACACAUCUGUGGUUCAAGAGACGGAACCCGUCAUUGUGAGGCCGCAAUACCGCGUUUCCGCCUUUUUCUGUUUGGAUACCGAGGAAUACCGCGAGGCGCAGCGGCAGCAGCGGGAACAGCAGCGGGAACACAAGGCUCGCGGCACCCACCGCAACUCGGACCCGCGAUCCCUGUCCAACUCACUCAUCCAUCGUGGGGGGUUGCUCGCGGGCGAAAAGGUGGCCAAGAUUGGUCGCGUCGGCACCUUUCCGUUUGUGACACCAGGAGACAACAGUGGUUGGUUAUCGUUCUUGGGGAGGGGAGGAGCGGGAGGGGGAGACGUCCGUACCAGCCGGGCUGGACCGUCGGGAAUGGCCAAAGGAGAAGGGGCGGUCCCGGCCCCGGUUAUUACUAACUUCGACUCCUCGGAGCGUAUCCGCAAGCACCGGAAACAGCUUGACAUGGCCGGCGACAAAAUGCGCGCGUGGGUACUCGAGGAAAAGGGCGUCAUGGUGCGAUGCCGGCUAUACGUCACCACCGUCAUGCUCGUCUGCACGGUGCUCGUCGUGGGCGGCAUUGCGGUUGGCAUCAGUGUCGGGGACCGCAUCGCGGGCGUCGAUCCCUUCAACAUUACCACGUACUGCUGGGUGCUGGCCGCUUUCGUCGUUCUCGUGGCCAAGAGUGUGCGCGUGCACGAGUGGCCGUGGAACGACUUUUUGUAUGACCGCGUCUUGUGCCGCAGUGUGUCGGAGCUGUCGUCAGUGACGAGCAUCCACGAGCAGCUGAUACUGGCGUACCUGUUGCAGACAGAGAAAACGAGUUUUCUAACCACGAGGGGGCCCUUCAACGCAGUGUUCAACCGGCGGUCCGACGACGGCUUCUCGAUUGACCGGCCGUUGAGCAUGUGGGCCAUGUUGAUUAGCGGUCUACUGCCCGUUGAGGUACAUUCAUUGUACGGGAGGGGGCUCGUCUGUCUGGAUUUACGCCGGGGUGAGACAUUUGAUGCGGUGCCCAAGAGCCCGGAGCUUUGUGUGGCGUCUUUGGAGACCAAUGCGAAGAUGCGUCUGGUCUGUGAGCGGCUCCAAGACCAGGCUGUCAAUCCGAGUACGGGAACGGUGCGGAUCAGGUUGGAGCGAGCCGAUAUGGUGCGGUAUAAGGCGGUUGGGUUUUACGGGAAUGACAAGGCUGUGUUUAUUUGAUGGGAUGGGGGAAGUUUGGUCCCGUCCUGGGCUAUGUUGAAAGUCGGAAAGGCGUCAGUUGGUUCUGGGGUCGCCAUGAAGACCUUCCCCUUUUUCCAAUCUGGCAAACGCCGCCAUCCGUCUGU